GACCCAUUUUGCCCCAAAACCAAUCAAGAAAAAAAAGUGAGUCCCACCUCCUGCAAAACCUGAACCCUUCUCCCCCUUUCUUCCCUGAACCCAUUCGAGCCUUCUUCAUCAUCAUCAACCAACCAAAUCCACAGAAAAAAAAAAAAAAGAGAAUUUUUCUCCUGGGUUCGUUCGAAACCCAAAGCCGAACCCAGGCUCUGGGUUUCGAGCGAACCCAGGCUCUGGGUUUCGAGCGAACCCAGGCAACCUGGGUUUCGAUCAAACCCAAGCUCUGGGUUCGUUCGAAACCCAGGCAGCCUGGGUUCAAGAUGCCUUCUCCCCCUUUCUUCCCUAAACCCAUUCGAGCCUUCUUCAUCAUCAUCAACCAACCAAAUCCACAGAAAAAAAAAAAAAAGAGAAUUUUUCUCCUGGGUUCGUUUGAAACCCAGAGCCGAACCCAGGCUCUGGGUUUCGAACGAACCCAGAGCCUUGCCUGGGUUUCGAUCAAACCCAAGCUCUGGGUUCAAGAUGCCUAGGAAACCCAAGCUGCCUGGGUUUCGAUCGAACCCAGAGCCUUGCCUGGGUUUCGAUCAAACCCAAGCUCUGGAUGUGCAUUUGUAUAAAUAUUAUUAAUGAUCCUAAUUGGACAGCACCAAGCCUUAACUUUUGUUAUAUUUCUAUUUUACGUACUUGACAUAACUCCUAAAUUUUGUUAGGUCUGUAUACAAGACCACCCAAAAUUGUGAACCAUGCCGUCUUUUGCAAAGAUCUCCUGUAGAGGGGUUCUAUCUAGCAGGUGACUACACAAAGCAAGAGUAUUUGGCCUCAAUGGAAGGUGCUGUUCUUUUACGGAAGCUUUGUGCACAGUGCAUUAUACAGGAGUACAAAUUGCUUGUUUCUUCUGGGGAAAGGAAGUUGGCAGCGGCAACUCUCUGAUUACAUAAUUGGUAUUAGAUUUUGAAAGGCACUGAGAAUCAUCUGGAGAUUGGUUGCUACUCAAAAACUAUAGUAUUUCAGCGAUCUUGAUAUCAUUAGUUCAUUACCCCAUAAAAGUUGGUAAUCUCUACAAAGACAGAUUCUCGAACUCUUCAAAAGUAAUAAUAAUAUCCUUAAGUUCUA